CAAAACACCUUUUCCCUUAAAUAUGACGCUCUUUCCAAAUUUGACCUAGAAAAUAUUUGGAGCGAAUUAUAUAAUUCAGAAAGAUUACUACUACCCCAAACCACACAAAUUAUUCAUCUUAUUUUAACUACCUUUCAAAUACCUGCUGAAUUUAUUGAUUUACUAGAAUCAGAAAUUUUUGAUUACACCAAACCCACAAAUAAAAAUUCUGAUUUAGCAUAG